AUGCCUGGGGAGUGCAUUGUGAUAGAUGGCCUCUGGCGUUGCUUAUGCCCUUCCUUGGACGCAAUUACCCUCUCCAGGGCGCUGCAAAAGCCCACCACUCCUCUACGGCGGCCACGACAUUUGCACCUGCCAUGCCGACGUAGAUAUACCACCUCUGCGCCUGCGAUGGCACGCUCGCCCUCGUUCUCUCAAUAUAUGCACCGCGCAUGGAAGCGUAACCGUGAACUUCCUCGCACACUCUUCAGAGGCGCGCACAACUUCGACGAUGCUAUGCUUGACUCCAUCGGCACUCAGACCAUGCUCGAUACCCUUCGAGAGCUACAGACUCUCGAGCAGCAGUACCACUCCAUUGCCAAGAUUGUCCAUUAUCUCAUUACAAAGCGCCGUGAGAAGCCCACCGCCUUCUUAUACGAGUGCAUCAUCAGGGCCAACACGGACUACAAACAUGGUUCCGCCCAGAUCGUUGCCGAUUUACUGAAGGAGAUGGAGACAACAGGCGUAUUGCCCACUGCUGGUGUCUACAAUGCUAUUUUGGAUGUUCUCGCUAUACACCCAGAUUACGUUCUUCGAAACAAGGUGCUCAAGGACAUGAGACAAGCUUGGCUGACACCGACCUUCAACGCCCACGUAUCCGUUGCCAUCGGCCUCCUAAGAGAUGGACAGUAUGAGAUGGCGCUCGAAAAGCUGGAAGAAAUGUAUCAAAGUGGUGUUCCCAUUCCAAUAUGGGCUUACGACACGUUCAUCUAUACGUUCGGCGAGCUGGGCUUCAGUGAAGAAGCCCUCAUGAUCAUGCAACAUAGGCUCAGGGAUCCAGAAGCCAGCGACACGGGAGAGAACCUCUGGCUCGUUCUAUUAGACUCCUUCAGCAGAGAUUCAUUCUAUGAAGGCGUCCAUUAUAUCUGGACUCGAAUGGUGGGGCCAGGAAAGCUUACUCCUUCAGAUGGUGUUGUUCUCAACGUGCUGAACAUUGCUUCACGGAAUGGGGAUGUCGUCAUGGCCUCGAGUGCCCUGAAGAUAUUUUCGAUGCGCGGACGAAAGUUAGACCUGCAUCACUUCGAACCUCUGCUGGAAAUUCACGCCGGGCAAGGCGACCUACGCAAAGCCUUCAUCACUCUUUGCCUCAUCGACAAAGCUGGCCUACAGCCGGACUUAUCCAGUACUCGUGUCAUCUACCGAUUGCUACGGGAGUCGCCCUCAGAGAUAGAACCCGCCUUGUUUUGCCUACGCAACCUCCAGCUGGAACAUCGGGUCCCCGUUGCUGCAUUCAACGUUGUGCUCGAGGCAGCUCUCCAACAACACGGCUUCAAACAUGGGCUAGAUGUCUAUCGCAGCGUGCGCAGGAUCUGUACAGCCGGACCAGACACCACAACAUUCAACUUACUAUUGAGUCAUUGCUCAGUAUACAAGUCCCUGAAAUUCGUUAUGGCCGAGAUGCAGACUUUAUCCAUCAAGAUGAAUCAGUCCACUUACGACCACGCCAUAAGGGUCUGCUUUCUGCAAAAGCUACGCGAUCAUGCAUUCUCAUACCUCGAACAAAUGCAGAACGACCCGGCAGCAGAAUCAGGAGGGUGGUGGUUAAACAAAGGCACAGCGUUGGCAUUCAUUAGGGGCUGCAUCUUUGCUGAAGAUGCUCGGGUCCAAAUUCUUCUCGAUGGCUGCAAGAAGAGAGGCCUGGACGUCGACGAAGAAGUUCGAGUCCUGAUCGCA